AGAUAGUUUUCCUUUUUUUCAGUCCAUUCACAGUGCUCCGGCGACAGCAGGAUUCUAGGCCCGAUCGUCUGCGGUUUCCAUAGUGACCGCCAUGGAGGGGGACGAGAACGUGGAGCGCGGGAACUGGUCGCACAAGAUGGACUACCUGCUGUCGCUGCUAGGGUUCGCUGUUGGGCUGGGCAACGUCUGGCGCUUCCCCUACCUCUGCUACCGGAACGGAGGGGGAGCGUUCCUGAUCCCAUACGUCAUCAUGCUGCUGCUGUCCGGCCUGCCGCUGUUCCUGAUGGAGCUGGCGCUGGGCCAGUUCGCCUCCCAAGGACCCAUCUCUGUCUGGAAGCUCAGCCCCAUCUUCAAAGGUGUUGGCUUCGCGAUGUUCACCAUCUCAAGUCUGAUCGGGAUCUACUACAUCGUCCUGCUGGCCUACUCGCUGUUCUACCUGUUCGCGUCCUUCACGAGCGAGCUGCCCUGGAACACGGGAUGUACCAACGCAUGGAACACCCCGGACUGUACCAUCAGUGAUCAUGGUCUGAUCUGGAUUAACGGCACGUGGUACAACCGUACGGAGAUCCAGGACACCGAACUGUGGAACGCCUCCAAGAGGGUCAGCCAGAGUGAAGAGUUCUGGAAACACUACGUACUGGACAUCUCGGAAGGACUGGAACAUCCGGGUACUGUGAAAUGGCAGCUGGCACUGUGCCUGUUCCUGGCCUGGCUGCUGAUCUUCUGCUGUCUCAUCAAGGGCAUCAAGUCGUCCGGCAAGGUUGUCUGGGUGACGGCCACCUUCCCUUACAUCGUCCUUACCAUCCUGCUGGUCCGAGGUGUGACGCUAGAGGGCGCUUGGGACGGAAUCAAGUUCUACCUGGAGCCUAAAUGGUCCAAGCUCGGUGAACCGCAGGUGUGGCGUGACGGAGCCAUUCAGAUUUUCUUCUCCCUGGGUACGUCAUGGGGUCAGCUCAUCACCCUCUCCAGCUACAGCCGUUUCCAUAACAACUGCUACAGAGACGCCCUGGUGAUUGCGGUGCUGAACUGCCUGACGAGUUUUUACGCCGGGUUCGCCAUCUUUUCUGUUCUGGGCUUCAUGGCGAACGAGAUGGGGGUCAAAGUUGAAGAUGUAGCCGAUACCGGGGCUGGCCUGGCUUUCGUGGCCUACCCAGCAGCCCUUGCGAGACUUCCCAUCAGCCCCCUGUGGUCAUCCCUGUUCUUCGUCAUGCUGCUAACGCUGGGGCUGGAUUCACAGUUCGCCGUGCUGGAGGCCCUGGUCACGGGAAUAGUGGACGAGUUUCCCCGGCGCCUGCGCAGUAAGAAGAUGUUCAUUGUGCUCGGGAUGUGCGCUGUAGGCUUCCUCCUGGGUCUACCCCUAGUGACACAGGGCGGGUUCUACCUGCUGCAGCUGAUGGACAACUACAGCGGAACCUUCUCGCUGCUCGUCGUCGCCAUCGUGGAGUGUGUGGUGGUCGGCUGGGUCUACGGAUGUGACCGUUUUCUUGACGACAUCUCCAUGAUGAUUGGCUCCCGGCCGUGCCUCUGGUGGAAGAUCUGCUGGAAGGUGCUGACACCGCUCAGUCUUCUGUUUAUCUUGAUUUUCCAAUUCACGGUGUACUCGCCCACCAAGUACGGAGACUACACGUACCCGUUCUGGGCGGAGGUGCUGGGCUGGUGUAUGGUCGGGGUGGCCGUGCUCAUGCUGCCCACAGCGGCGCUCUACAAGGUCUGCUGCGCUAAAGGGACGCUCUACGAGCGUGUGUCGUUCCUGGUGGAGCCGAGCUGGGACUGGGGCCCGGCGCUGUGCGUGCGUGCGUAUGUGAUUGUGUGCAGGAUGCGUGUGUCGUUCCUGGUGGAGCCGAGCUGGGAUUGGGGCCCGGCGCUGGACCGGCACCGUGACGGGGAGGUGUACCAGUUCCUGCACGGACGGGACAAGGCGACGGGCGAGCACCGGGAGAUGAGCGACUUCAUCCGGACAGCCUCCGGGGGAGACGAGUCCACUAAAAUCUAA